CAUGAGUUCCCAGGGAGUUUUCUGGGGAGUUUUUCCUCCUCAGGAGCAUGUUUUGCAGGGCAGCCAAGCAGGUGCAUUCUUGAACCACUUGAACUUCAAGAAGGGGUGGCCAGGCUGCCAUUUUGGGUGGAAGUUUGAGAAUGAAAUGUGGUUAGGACUGUCCUGUCUGUUCUCACCGCCUGCUGCUCUUGAGUUAAUGCCAUGAUCAUGAGUUAGUGCCGUGUGAGGGCUGAGUCCUUCGGGUGGUCCAUGGUAAUUUUGGGCACCACCGCAGAAAAAAGGUACAAAGGGAUUAGAGAGUGUCCAAAGGAGGGACACAGGGAUGAGUAAGGGCUGGAGGAGCAGCUGAGGGGAUGUGGUUUGUCCAGCCUGGAGGAGAGGAGGCUGAGGGGAGACUCACUGGGGGCUGCAGCUUCCUCAGGAGGGGCAGCUCUGCCCUCUGCUCUGUGUGACCAGGGACAGGAUCUGAGGGAAUGGUGUUAAACUGUGUCAGGGGAAGGUCAGGUUGGAUAUGAGGAAAGGCUCAGGGGGGCUGGCACUGCCCAGGCUCCCCAGGGAAUGGGCACGGCCCCAGAGCUCCAGGAGUGUUUGGACAGCGCUGCCAGGGACAGAGUGGGAUGGUUGGGGUGUCCUGUGCAGGAUCAGGAGUUGGAUUGAUGCUCCAACAGAGUGGGAUGAUUGGGGUGUCCUGUGCAGGAUCAGGAGUUGGAUUGAUGAUCCUGUGGGUCCUUUCCAGCUGAGGAUAUUCCUAGAUGGAGCCAAGGCUGGACAGAGCUCGUCCAUGCUGGGCCCGUGGUGAUCCUUCCCACCCUGGAGCCUCCGCAGCAUCUCUGUCCCCACCCUGCUGCUCAAACCUUUCUGUGUCACCCACCGGGGCAGUCCAGCAUAACCACUAAUCCUCUCUCUCCAUAAAAGAGGAUUAAAACUGGGAACAUUUGCACCUCACAGCAGCCAGGGAGGGCCGGGCUCUGUCUUUUCCAGCAGUAAUCCCAAGGGCUGCACCUCUGUGCCGAGCCUGGAAUGCUUCAGGCAGCCCCAAAGAGCAGCCUGUGCUUGUUGGGGUGGGAAUUUUUACAAGACCACUUGUGCCCAGUAAUUAAAAGAGCUGAAUUGACUGAAGAUGAGUAACUCACUUCACACUGUUAGAAUGACUCCUGGCUUCUGUACCUCUGAGGAAAAUAGGUUAAAAUUGGGAUUUCUGUGUGGCUCUUGGAAUAAAAUGCAAGAGUUCCAAAGCAUUACCUCAGAGAAUGGCAUUUAUCAUGGCCUGGUUCCUAACCCUGAGGCAGACCACACGUCCUGCAAGAAGAUUUUAGGGAGAAAGUGACUCUUGAUGGAAGACCACGGAGUGAGCCAGGCAGAGCACAUGGCUACCAUCGAGGCGCACGCCGUGGCCCAGCAGGUGCAGCAGGUGCACGUGGCCACCUACACGGAGCACAGCAUGCUGAGCGCCGACGAGGACUCGCCCUCCUCGCCCGAGGACACCUCCUACGACGACUCCGACAUCCUCAACUCCACGGCGGCCGACGAGGUCACUGCUCACCUGGCUGCUGCAGGCCCUGUGGGGAUGGCAGCAGCUGCUGCUGUGGCAACGGGGAAGAAGAGGAAGCGGCCCCACGUGUUUGAGUCCAACCCCUCCAUCCGGAAGAGGCAGCAGACACGAUUGCUCAGGAAGCUGCGGGCCACGCUGGACGAGUACACCACCAGAGUGGGGCAGCAGGCCAUCGUCCUGUGCAUCUCACCCUCCAAACCCAACCCUGUCUUCAAAGUCUUCGGUGCUGCACCGCUGGAGAACGUGGUCCGCAAGUACAAGAGCACCAUCCUGGAGGACCUGGAGUCGGCGCUGGCCGAGCACGCCCCGGCCCCCCAGGAGGUCAACUCGGAGCUGCCCCCCCUCACCAUCGAUGGCAUCCCCGUCUCCGUGGACAAGAUGACCCAGGCACAGCUGAGAGCCUUCAUCCCCGAGAUGCUGAAGUAUUCCACGGGUCGUGGGAAGCCAGGCUGGGGCAAGGAGAGCUGCAAGCCCAUCUGGUGGCCCGAGGACAUCCCGUGGGCCAACGUCCGCAGCGACGUCCGCACGGAGGAGCAGAAGCAGAGGGUGUCCUGGACCCAGGCCCUGCGCACCAUCGUCAAGAACUGCUACAAGCAGCACGGGCGUGAGGACCUGCUCUACGCCUUCGAGGACCAGCAGACACCACAGACCACGACCACGCACAGCAUCGCCCACCUGGUGCCCUCGCAGACCGUGGUGCAAACCUUCAGCAACCCCGAUGGCACCGUGUCCCUCAUCCAGGUUGGCACGGGCGCCACGGUGGCCACGCUGGCCGACGCCUCCGAGCUGCCCACCACGGUCACCGUGGCACAGGUCAACUACUCGGCCGUGGCUGACGGGGAGGUGGAGCAGAACUGGGCCACGCUGCAGGGAGGGGAGAUGACCAUCCAGACGACGCAGGCCUCGGAGGCCACGCAGGCGGUGGCCUCGUUAGCCGAGGCGGCGGUGGCGGCGUCGCAGGAGAUGCAGCAGGGAGCCACUGUCACCAUGGCACUCAACAGUGAAGCCGCUGCCCACGCCGUAGCCACGCUGGCCGAGGCCACCCUUCAGGGAGGGGGACAGAUUGUCCUGUCUGGGGAAACUGCAGCAGCAGUGGGAGCACUCACAGGAGUCCAGGAUGCCAAUGGGCUGGUGCAGAUCCCAGUGAGCAUGUACCAGACGGUGGUGACCAGCCUGGCGCAGGGGAACGGCCCGGUGCAGGUGGCCAUGGCGCCGGUGACCACGCGGAUCGCGGACACGGCUGUCACCAUGGACGGCCAGGCGGUGGAGGUGGUGACCCUGGACCAGUGACCUCGCAGCAGCCGCUCCCUGCCCGCUCUCCUCCACUGCAGGUUUUUUACGCCUCUCCAGAGAUGCAAUCAGGUGGCAUUUGAGUCUCCCAGCUUUGGAAAUGAAAGGUUUUGUUGACCUUUUUUUUUUUUUUUUUUUUUUUUUUUUUUU